CGAUCGGGCAUCCAAUUUAUUUUCUUCGGAUAAAAGAAGCGCGUCGCGAGUUUUACACCGACGCGACGGUUGGUGAAAAGAACAAGUUCUUGGUUAACAAAAUAAAGCGGACACACGUGUGUGACAACCUGUUGUGGAUUGUGUAAAUCGUCUCACGGAUUUGAAUCCUAAUUUGGUUGAUCCAAUCGGGUGAAAACGUGUUUUUCGAUUUUUCAGCGAUGGUUAUCUGAGAAUGCCGAAUUUAUCGAUUUCGAAGCUCGGGUGACUUCAACGGACGGCAAAACGACAAACGGCAACCUGCGCUCUAUCAGUGCAGUUGGCCACGUGCCUUUUCUUCGGCCAGGCGUGUUGCGUGCUGCGUAGUCCAGUUCAGUGAAAUUUACGCGCGCCCUGUUUUGGUGCGUUAAAAUAGUGAAAGUGUGGGAACAUAUUCGGUACAGUGAUGGCCCUCAGUCGGUUGGCCCGGAUAGGGCUUCAGCGACACUUAAAGUUGACCUCUAGUUGUUUUGCGCCGUCUUUGCCAUUAGUGACUCAAUUACGCGAACGUCGUACGCAUCUGGCCCGGGAUAUCAGUUCCAGCUCAGUGAGCGGGGAAAAGUUGGCCGCGGCCAAGGCAGCUCAGCGUCACGAUUGGAACCGUGCUGUCAGUGAGGCGGAAAAGAUCGUCGGAUAUCCGACGUCCUUCCUCAGCCUGCGAUGGCUCCUCAGCGACGAAAUCGCCAAUGUGGCACUACACCUGCGGAAGUUGGUCGGCAGCAAUCAUCCGCUGCUCAAGACGGCCAAAACACUGGUCUACAACGAUAAAAACCAACAGGCAUGGGGUCUGAUUGUGCUGCUGGUUUCGAAAGCUGCUGGUCAUGCGCCAACAAUUCCGGAUAUGGACCAGGAUAAGAGUGCCGGGGUGCUGCAUUCGCAGCGGGCUCUGGCCGAAGUGACGGAAAUGAUCCGUACCUCACAUCUGAUCCAUCAGGGUAUGAUCAAUUUACAGUCGAUGGAUAAUGCCGGAAACAAUCUCAGCGGAGAUAGUGAGAUGAUUUUCGGCAAUAAAAUGGCGCUGCUGGGUGGGGAUUAUCUGCUGGCCAACGCCAGUCAACAGGUGGCCAAUUUGAGGAAUCAAGAUUUGAAUUUACUAAUCUCUUCGGCGUAUCGAGAUUUAGCGGAAUCCAACUUCAUUGGGGAUCGGGACGAACAGAAUAAUCCGCUGCCAGCGAAACCGCAACCCGGAACCAAAGGUAAAUCAUCACCGGAAUGCAACUUGGAGGAGCUUGGCUUCGGCGAUUUGGAAGAUAAUACCGAGCCAAUGGAUAUGGCCAGGGCAAUCGGAAAUCCGGAGAAGGAAUGGUCCCUCCGACAUGUGCUGGGAGGUGGAAGUCUGCUAGGCAAAAGUUGUCAGGGAGCUCUGAUGUUGGCCGGUCUAUCCGAAGAGCUUCAGAAGCAGGGAUAUCUUUUCGGAAGACAUUUGUCUCUUGCCUGGCAAGCCUGCAUCGAUCUGCAACCAUUUUUGCUCAACAAACUUCCUCAGGGAGCCCAGUUCAGUCUAGUCUCGGCACCGGUUCUGUUUCAUUUGGAGUACGACCCGAGCAUCUACGAGGAAAUCGAAAAAGGCAAAACGUCGGUCGAAGAAAUCGAUUAUGUGGCCCUGCAUCAAGCCAUCGGAACCGGUCCAGGGCUGGAGAAAACGAAGAAACUGAUGCAAAAACACAGUCAAGCAGCCAUGAGUGUUCUGGACCGUUUAUCACCCUCCGAUGCCCGAACGGCCCUACAGAACAUCAUUCUGGCCAUGCAGGAACUGUAACGGUGAAUUCAAAACAAUCCGACAGAUGGCGGUACGCUUACUAGUACCUACAAAUGCCACCAGAUGUCGUCUUGGUGCGUAGCUUUAGCAGUGGGCCGAACGUGUUGCAUCAUGCGCGCGAGUUGUAAACAAAUCAGGGUGGUGUGCGUGCGUGCUCGCAAAAUGUGAGCAGAAGAGCGGAAUUAUUCAUGAAUGAAAAUAGUGUUUUGAAAAAGCAUUCGGAGAAAUCUUACAUCACUUGGUCAACAUUGAUGAAUGGAGAAAGUGGAGUUUUCGGGAAGUCUAGAAGAACUAUUUUAGUGUAAAUCGAAAGUUUUAGUGCGGUAUCGUGUGCUAAAUCUGGAGCAAUUAAAAAAUAAGCCUAGAGCCUUGUGAAUUUUCGGAUAAAGUAUAAUAUGAAAAGUGUUUAGUGACGAACGUGCAAAGUCGUGAAAUCAACAGACAGUUUUAGCGUUUUAGGUAACAGAGCUACAACGAAUGAUUGGGGAGGGCUGAUAAAUUGAAUGAUUGUUUACGAAUGACUGGCGCUGUCAACAAAGGUA